CGUGUCAACUGUCAGCUGUCAUGUUCUAUUUUUACUGGAUUAGGUUGAUAUUUUCUGUCUUCUGAAAUUCCAAUUUUUUUCUCAUAAUUGUGUGGAGUUUCUCCGACUUUGGUUUUGUUUCAUUAGGACUUUGCGACCGCCGUGCGUCAUCGAAAAUAAAGAAGAAUUUAUAAAAUGCCUCAUUUUAGAAUUGAAACAAACUUACCGAGAAAUAAGAUACCGCAGGAUUUUGUGGCCAAAGUUGUUUCUGUUUUGGCUAAAUCUCUUGGAAAACCUGAGCAGUACUGUGUGGUGAGCGUCAUACCAGAUGUGAUGAUGAGCUUUGGAGGUAGUUCUGAGCCCUGCGGCAUUGCCAAUCUCAUGUCCAUUGGCGGUCUUGGUGUUGAACAGAAUAAGAAACAUGCAAAGAUUUUGUUUGAAUUAGUUGCUAAUGAAUUAGGGAUUUCUUCUGACAGAAUGUACAUAACAUUUCAAGACGAGCCAACUGGAAAUGUUGGUUAUAAGGGGACCACAUUCCAUGCUAUUUUUGGAUAAAUUAUUUUAUUCUCCUUCAGUUACAUACCUAAUUGAUAUUAUGUAACUGAAUCACUAAUAAGUUAUAAGAUAAUGUUGUUUAUUAUAAUAAAAAUAUGAUACCAGAAUAGUGAGUAUAAUAUAUGAAUCAAAACUAUUUUGUGGGCACUUUUAGUACCUAUUAAAUAAGACAAUUAUAAUUUUUUAAGUGGGGAUAUUUUAUUGUACUUUGCAUUACAAACGUGUUACAAAAGUC